CACCCCAUACCAGUACUGCUUUGGGUGAGGUGAAGUGUAGGAGGCGCAGGCGCCCAGACACAGCUGCUACUUACUGGGUAGGCAAGCAACACGAUCAAGCGUGUUGCUCGCCCACUGGCGUGUUUGCGUUUUCACUGCAAGAAAAAAUAUUUAAUCUGGUAACGCGGGUGGACACACACACACACACACCUCAGCAACAAUGAGUGGCGAGAAUGUGAGCCUGAUGUUCAAGCUGUACUGCCUGACUGUGAUGACUCUGGUGGCGGCCACAUACACGGUGGUUUUACGAUACACGAGGACCAUCUCGUCCGGAGACAUGUAUUUCUCCACCACCGCCGUGUGCCUUGCCGAGGUCAUCAAACUAAUACUGAGCACCGGGAUGCUGGCAAGAGAAUCCGGAAGCCCAAGAAAGCUGCUUAAUGUCAUCAAGGAGCACGUGUUCUGCAACCCCAGAGGGCUGCUGAAGCUGAGCGUGCCCUCGGUGGUGUACGCAAUCCAGAACAACAUGAUCUUCCGGGCAUUGAGCAACCUUGAUGCUGCAGUUUAUCAGGUGACGUAUCAACUGAAGAUCCCAUGCACGGCGGUGUGCAUGGUGGUCAUGCUGAGCCGGUCCCUCAGCAAGAGACAGUGGUUCGCCAUCUUCAUGCUGUGCGCCGGGGUCAGCCUCGUGCAGUGGAAGCCUGUCGACAGCGCCAAAGUCCAAAUUGAGCAAAACCCUGUUCAUGGGUUCAUGGCCAUCAUUAUCGCUGUGUUCUGCUCCGGCUUUGCAGGCGUGUACUUUGAGAUGGUGCUGAAGAGCUCCGACACGUCUCUGUGGGUGAGGAAUAUCCAAAUGUACCUGUCUGGCAUCGCCAUCACCUUCAUGGGCAUGCUGGUGACAGACGGUGAGAAGGUCAUGGAAAAAGGCUUCUUCUUUGGCUAUACGCCCUGGGUCUGCUUUGUCGUAUUCCUGGCGAGCGUGGGAGGCCUGUACACAUCCAUCGUGGUCAAGUACACGGACAACAUCAUGAAGGGCUUCUCAGCGGCGGCCGCCAUCGUCCUCUCCACCGUGGCGUCUGUCAUCUUGUUUGGACUGCACAUUACAACCACUUUUAUCUCUGGAGCCGCCCUGGUGUGCCUGUCCAUCUAUCUGUACGGCCUUCCAAAGCACGAGGCAUCCACCGUCAGCCGAGAACGGCUGACAGCCGCAAACCCAGGGUCCAAGCAGAAUCUGGUUACCGUGUGAGCCUGCCAACUCACUCAAGAGACAAUUUGGAGGAGCAGGAGGAGUAAACCUGCCACUCACCUUCCCCAGUCAACAUUGACUCUUUUUUUUUUUUCAAUGUAAUCAUUCUUUAAGAAUCCAAUGCUGCGUGUGGGUUUUGUCUCCACCAAGUCUAAAUGAAGUACUUGCAGCACCACUUACUUUCAGGAGGAAGUUAUUUUUUUUCCUUUGUUACAUUAAGACUGAAAUCUUGUGUCGAUUGAACUCAAAAGUGAGAUUCUGAACAUUUGUUCAAAUGUCAAAUGUUGCACUGUUAGAAAAAACACAAAGGACCAACAACUGCACUUGUUACCUGAUUUCAACGGGACUUUUUCCAACCCGGGCGUCCUCCACAGAUUAUGAAUGUACAGAAUUGUUUUUCAUACUUGAAAUUACAAGAACACAUUACAGUA